UUGUUCUUUUUGCAGAAUAUAGUAUUAUCUGGUGGAUCUACCAUGUUUAAAGACUUCGACAAGAGACUCCAGAGUGAUAUAAAGAAGAUAGUAGAUGAUCGUGUUGCUGCAACUAAUGUCCGCCAUCGUGUGGAAGUGAGACCUAUUGAAGUCAACGUGGUCGCCCAUCCUAUACAAAGCUAUGCAGUCUGGUUUGGGGGUUCAGUAGCUGCAUCUACCCCAGAAUUCUAUGAGUAUUGCCACACAAAGGAAGAGUAUGAGGAACAUGGAGCAAGCAUAUGCAGAACAAGCCCAGUUUUCAAAGGAAUGUACUGAAUUUUCUAAACAUCGCAUCUUCCAGUAGGAGCUCAUUUAGGUUUCUUCGAAUAGAAUAUAGCCAAUUUUGAUUCUUUUUGACCGGGGCCAUCCUGAUAGAAUUGUAGCGUUGUUUGUAGUUGUCUGUUCUGUAUUGCCUGUUGUGUAUAGCCAACAGCUUGGUUCCUGUUCGAGGUGCAUGAAUAUAGCCAGAACCUUG